AUGCAUUUGCGCAUCGACACAUGGGUUUCCUCACCAACCCAAAUGCUCUUUUGCAUUGUCUGCUGCCACGUUUAUGCUGGUGCUCAGGCGGCGCGUUAUCAAGGCGCAGCUUUGCAGCGUGGCGUUCGCUUCCUCUACGCUCACAUGACAUAUAACCACGCCUAUUUACAUAAUCUCACCACCAACAUUACGAACGACACUUUGAAUAUUGAUAUGUGGUUGUUGAAGGACAUCGUGCAGGGCUUUAUGACGAAGUUCGAUGUACACAUCAAUCUCUCGGCCGAUAAGAAACGCUUUCAAAGCAUCUUCAGCUACACGGUGGACAUCUGUCGGAUCAUGAAUAAUUUAUCGCAUAUUAAUUUGUUGCGUGCGUGGAUGCUCAAUGUGGUGAAGUUUAGUAAUUUGAAGACAAAUUGCCCACUGGAAGCGGAUCACUAUUAUAUUAGAAACUUUGUAGUGGAGAAGGGAAGUAUUCCAGCUUAUUUGCAAGCGGGCAACUAUCGCAUCAACACGCACCACUAUUUUGUGAGGAAGAGGAGUAAGAAAGAGAUUGCAGUGGGUGAUUUUGUUGCCGAUUUGGAGAUAUACUGA